AUGAUAUCUGAGGCUGCGGAGGAGACAUCCUGGACUUCGUCGGCCGCGACCUCGGCGCUGUACGCCUACGGCCAUGAGACCGUUGCCAUCGGCGGCUCAAACGAGGAAUGGGCCAGCGGGUCCAAUCUGCCCAUGGUAAUGGAGAAUUCGGGUGCCACCUCCUCCGCCGAGUCCCUGCUAAUGGCCUCGCUGGCGGGCGGCGCCUUUUACAAUGCCUACGAGUACAUGGGCCCGGACAACUACGGCCUAUACUACCCCACGAGCACCAGCACGCGGGACUUUACUCCCGUCGCGCGCAGCUCCUACGUUGCUGAUGUCGUGGCGACCAACAACUGCCCGCCGGCGCCGGCGGCACCCGCCUCGUCUACUUCAACCCCUCCAGCAACAGCACCCUGGACCAGCGCAGCAUCGGGGACUUCAUCCACGCGCAACUCCACCGUCACCAUCGCCGGCCUGUCCACCUACGGCAUAAGCGCCGUGGAAUAUGGCUACUACACCUCGGCCGGCAACUUCGUCGCCAACGGCACUGUCACCUACACCUCUACCUCGGCCGGUCUCACCGUCGCGGUGCUCCAGGAUCAGCUGGUCCACAUUGAGACGAAGACGGCCUUCACCUUGCCCUAA